CCCGGGGGCGGGGCCGCCUACCUGACCAGGUGACGCUUGAAGAAUGAAUAGCGCUCCCCUGGCUGAGCCGAGGCUGGCAGGUGCGGAGUGGAGCCGGAGGGUGGCAGGCCUGGGCACGGGCUCUUUCCCUCUGCCCAGCUCCGAGGUGACACACGUGGUGAUGGAGCAGACCUCAGCCGAGGAGGCCGUCCGCUGGCAGGAGAGCAGGCCGGCCCCGCCCCCAGGUGGCACCCACCCGGCCCUGCUGGACAUCAGCUGGUUCACAGAGAGCAUGGCAGCUGGGCAGCCGGUCCCUGUGGAGGGCCGGCACUGCCUGCAGGUGGCUGUGUCGAGGGAGGUGCUGCCAAACCCAGUGUGGAUGCCACCCUAUGCCUGCCAGCGUCCCACGCCCCUCACACACCACAACACCAGCCUCUCGGAGGCGCUGGAGAUGCUGGCAGAAGCCGCGGGCUUUGCAGGCAGCGAGGGCCGCCUCCUUUCCUUCUCCAGGGCAGCCUCCGUGCUCAAGGCGCUGCCCUGCCCCGUCACCGCCCUGAGCCAGCUGCAGGGCCUGCCCCAUUUCGGAGGACACUCCUGCAGGGUCAUCCAGGAGCUGCUGGAACACGGAGUGUGUGAGGAGGUGGAGCGAGUCCAGCGCUCAGAGCGGUACCAGAGCAUGAAGCUCUUCACCCGGAUCUUCGGGGUCGGAGUGAGGACUGCUGACCAGUGGUACCGGGAAGGACUGCGGACGCUGGACGACGUCUGGAAGCAGGUGCAGAGACUGACCCAGCAGCAGAAAGCAGGCCUCCAGCACUACCAGGACCUGAGCAGCCCCGUCCAGCGGCCAGAUGCCGAGGCCCUGCGGCAGGUGGUGGAGGCGGCCGUAGGGUGGGCCCUUCCUAGGGCCACCGUCACCCUGGCUGGUGGCUUCCGGAGGGGGAAGUUGCAGGGCCAUGACGUGGACUUCCUCAUCACCCACCCCGAGGAGGGCCAGGAGGUGGGGCUGCUGCCCAGGGUGAUGCACUACUUGGAGCAGCAGGUGAGAGCUUCCCUGCCCUCCAGGGAGCUGCUGGGCCCCGCCCUCCAGCCGCAUGGACAGUGGGUCACACCUGCUCCUCCCCCGCCCCAGGGCCUUGUCCUGUAUCAGCAGCAUCAGCGCAGCCCCAGUGGAGACCCUGCCCGCCUGGCCCCGAAGGGCCACUCCAUGGACACCUUUGAGCAGAGCUUCUGCAUAUUUCGUCUGCCAAGGCCCCCAAGGACAGCCGAGGGGGGGACCUGGAGUCCCCACCCCUCCUGGAAGGCUGUGCGUGUGGACCUGGUGGUUGCCCCCAUCAGCCAGUUCCCCUUUGCCCUGCUGGGCUGGACUGGCUCCAAGCAUUUUGAGCGGGAGCUCCGCAGAUUUAGCCGGAAGGAGCGGGGUCUGUGGCUGAACAGCCAUGGGCUGUUUGACCCCGAGCAGAAGACCUUUUUCCAGGCGGCCACCGAGGAGGACAUCUUCAGACAUCUGGGCCUGGCAUACCUUCCCCCAGAGCAGAGAAACGCCUAAUCCCCUCUGCGGCCCUCAGCCACUCCUCGGGAAGGGGGGCUGCUCAGCCAGCCAGAUCAUGGAUGCCCUUGGACACUGACCAUCUGUAGGCUGGAGAGGUUGCUGCAACCCUCACCCUCCUGGGGGAGCCCCUGUGCACCCCCACUCCCCCAUGCACACCCUGCCCAAGAUGCAAUGAAAUGAUAACAUGGAGCAAACCAGGCUGUUUUCUGAAAGUGUUGAUGUGCGAGGGGUGGAGGGGUAGGGGUGGGGGCUGGGGCGCCUCACCACCCGCUGUUGGUGAGGUGGGCCCCAUGGCUGUGUGACCCUGGGGUCCUGAAGGGUGAGCUGGGCAUCUGGAGAGUAUUGCCAUGGUUACAGUACUGUCUUCCAAUCCAUAAACACAAGUACCUCUCUGUUUAUUUAGAUCUCCUUUAGUUUUAGUGAUGCUUUAAAGUUUUCAGAAUAAAUUUAUAUUAAAAAUUUAUAA